AUGGAUCCUCUUCCUCCUCAUUCUUCUUCAGCCGUCUGGAAAGCGGACGUUUUCGUGAGUUUUAGAGGAGAAGAUGUGCGUAAAGCAUUCGUGAGCCAUCUAUUCUGCGAGCUUGAUCGUAUGGGGAUCAACGCCUUCAGAGACGAUUUGGAUCUCGAGCGAGGAAAAUCGAUUUCCCCUGAGCUUGAAGAUGCAAUCAAAGGCUCCAGAUUCUCGAUCGUCGUGGUCUCUAGAAACUACGCAGCUUCAAGCUGGUGUUUAGACGAGCUCUUGAAGAUCAUGGAAUGCAAAGAUACAUGUAAUCAGACAGUCAUACCCAUUUUCUACGAAGUUGAUCCUUCUGAUGUGAGAAGACAAACUGCAAGUUUCGGUGAGGAUGUUGAGAGUCACAGCGACAAGGAGAAGGUGGAGAAAUGGAAAGAAGCUUUGACGAAACUAGCUGCGAUUGCUGGUGAAGAUUCUCAGACUUGGAGGGAUGAGUCCAAGCUGAUUAAGAAGAUUGUUAAGGACAUUUCUGACCAACUGGUUUCGACUUCAUGGGAUGAUUCCGAAGAGUUGAUUGGAAUGGGUUCCCAUAUGGAUUUUCUGCAGUCUAUGAUGUCUAUAGAGAAGGAAGAUGUUAGAAUGGUAGGGAUUUGGGGAAUGGGUGGAGUUGGGAAGACUACGAUUGCUAAAUACUUAUACAGGCAACUCUCAUGUCGAUUCCAAGCUCAUUGCUUCAUGGAGAAUGUGAAGGAAGUGUGUAACAGAUAUGGAGUAAGGCGUUUACAAGGGGAGUUUCUCUGCAGAAUGUUUCGAGAGAGAGAUCAAGGAGCAUGGAGCUCUCGGUUUCAUGCUCUAGCCUAA